AUGGAGACAACUCCCGGGCUGGGGCUGCAAAGCCCCGGCGCUCUGCUAGCUCAGAACCCCGCGGUGCAGCUGAGCGAGACCGGAGCCGCGGUGGCGGCGGCACGCUGGGACCAGCGGAAACACUCUUUGCUCAUCGUAAUUGGUGAUAUUGGUACUGAGACUCAGCUGAGGGCCGUUAGGGCCCACCUUGAACAAGGAAUUCUCUCCUGGAACAUUGACUUAUCGUCCUUUGACCUGAACCAACAGUUGAGACUCUUCAUUACCCGGCACCUAGCUCACUUCUCCUCAGAGGUCAAAGGCCAAAGGACCCUCUGCCACCAGAGUGAGAUCCUUGAAACCAUCAUCCUGGUAAAUCCCAGUGCAGACAGCAUCACUUCUGAGGUUCAUCAUCUCCUUAGCAGCCCAUCUGCUCACAAACUACUGAUCUUAAGUGGCCAAAGUUUGGAGCCUGGUGGAGACCUCAUCCUACAGAGUGGCACCUACUCCUACCAAAACUUUGCCCAAGUCCUUCACAACGCAGAGAUUGCCCAAUUGCUCAGCAAUAGAGACCCUGGGACCCAGGCCUUCCUCACCGUAUCCUGCUUAGGGGAGGGUGACUGGAGCCAUCUAGGACUAUACAGUUCUCAAGAGACUCUGCAGCUCCGGCUAAACCCUGAGCCCACGCUGCCCACCAUGGAUGGUGUGGCCGAGUUCUCCGAGUAUGUCUCUGAAACUGUAGAUGUGCCAUCACCCUUUGACCUGCUAGAGCCCCCCACCUCAGGGGGUUUCCUCAAGCUUUCCAAGCCUUGCUGCUACAUAUUUCCUGGUGGCCGUGGGGACUCUGCCCUUUUCGCUGUCAAUGGUUUCAACAUCUUGGUGGAUGGUGGCUCUGAUCGUAAGUCCUGUUUCUGGAAGCUGGUACGACACCUGGACCGCAUUGACUCAGUGCUGCUCACGCACAUUGGGGCUGACAACCUGCCAGGCAUCAAUGGACUCCUGCAGCGCAAAGUGGCAGAGCUAGAGGAAGAGCAGUCCCAGGGCUCUAGCAGCUAUAGUGACUGGGUAAAGAACCUUAUCUCUCCUGAGCUUGGAGUUGUCUUCUUCAAUGUGCCUGAUAAACUGCGAUUGCCUGAUGCCUCCCGGAAAGCCAAGCGCAGCAUUGAAGAGGCUUGUCUCACUCUGCAGCACCUAAAUCGCUUGGGCAUUCAGGCCGAGCCUCUGUACCGUGUGGUCAGCAACACCAUUGAGCCACUGACGCUCUUCCACAAAAUGGGUGUGGGCCGGCUGGACAUGUACGUCCUCAACCCUGUCAAGGACAGCAAGGAGAUGCAAUUCCUCAUGCAGAAGUGGGCAGGCAACAGUAAAGCCAAGACAGGCAUUGUGCUGGCCAAUGGGAAGGAGGCUGAGAUCUCAGUGCCCUACCUGACCUCCAUCACUGCUCUGGUGGUUUGGCUACCAGCCAACCCCACUGAAAAAAUUGUGCGUGUGCUUUUUCCAGGGAAUGCUCCACAAAACAAGAUCUUAGAGGGCCUAGAAAAGCUUCGGCACCUGGACUUCCUUCGCUAUCCAGUGGCCACACAGAAGGACCUGACUUCUGGGGCUGUGCCUGCCAGCCUCAAACCCAGCAAAAUUAAACAACGAGCUGACAGCAAGGAGAGCCUCAAAGCCACUACUAAGACAGCUGUGAGCAAGCUGGCAAAACGGGAAGAGGUAGCUGAAGAAGGAGCCAAGGAGGCCCGCUCAGAGCUAGCUAAAGAGUUAGCCAAGACAGAGAAGAAGGUGAAAGAGACAUCAGAGAAGCCCCUAGAAAAGCCAGCUAAGCCUGAGAAGGUGAAGACAGAGUCGAGUGAGGUGUUGAAGGCAGAGAAGCGAAAGUUGAUCAAGGACAAAGUGGGGAAGAAGCACCUGAAAGAAAAGAUAUCAAAGCUGGAAGAAAAAAAAGACAAGGAGAAAAAAGAGAUCAAGAAGGAGAGGAAAGAGCUCAAGAAGGAUGAAGGAAGAAAAGAGGAGAAGAAGGAUGCUAAGAAGGAGGAGAAGAGGAAAGAUACCAAACCUGAGGUCAAGAAGAUCUCCAAACCAGAUCUGAAGCCCUUCACCCCUGAGGUACGUAAGACCUUGUACAAAGCCAAGGCCCCUGGAAGAGUCAAGAUUGACAAGAACCGAGCUGCCCGUGGGGAGAAGGAGCUAUCUGCUGAAUCACGGACACCCACAGUUCAGAAGGGGUCUGUCCCACUCCAUCCAGUCACUGGGCAAAGGGAGCUAGUCAUGUCUUCACCAGAGGACCUCACACAGGACUUUGAGGAGAUGAAGCAUGAGGAAAGGGGGUUGCUGACUGAACAAAGGGACACAGUACUAGAAGAGAAAACACUCUCUCCAGAUACUACAGACGAGGGACCUUCAAGAACAGCUACCCAAGUAACACCUCCUAUCUCAAGCCUGGGACAAGAAGAGCCUAUGAUGAAGGAGAAGGAGGUUAUUCCAAGCAUCCCUGGAGAACAAGGCAGCAAGGAGAGAGGUCCAGACUCUGGAGUUGAACCAGAGGAAGAGAAAGACACCUGUGAGGAAAAGAAGCAGAGAGAAGCAGAUAGGCUCCCAGAUAGAACAGAAGCAAGAGAAGAAAGUGAACCUGAGGUAAAAGAGGAUGUGAUAGAGAAGGCUGAAUUAGAAGAAAUGGAGGAAGUGCACCCUUCAGAUGAAGAGGAAGAAGAAGAGACAAAGGCUGAAAAUUUCUACCAAAAGCAUAUGCAGGAAGCCUUGAAGGUAACUCCAAAAGGCAGAGAGGCUCUUGGUGGCCGGGAACUGGGACUCCUCCAGAGUAAAUUUUCUGAGAAAGAGACCUCAUCAUUCCUAAGCAGUCUAGCUACACCUGCAGGAGCCACUGAGCAUGUCUCCUAUAUCCAAGAUGAGACAAUUCCUGGCUACUCAGAGACUGAGCAGACCAUUUCAGAUGAGGAGAUACACGAUGAACCAGAAGAGCGGCCAGCUCCACCCAGGUUUCCUACAAGUACGUAUGAUCUCCCGGGGCCUGAAGGUCCUGGUCCCUUUGAGACCAGCCAACCCGUGGACAGUGCUGUUUCUGCCACCUCCAGCAAGGGCUAUGGAGCACCAGAGACUGAAGUCACCUACCCUCCCAACAUGGUGGCUGCCCCUUUGGCUGAAGAGGAGCAUGUGUCCUCAGCCACUUCAAUCACUGAGUGUGACAAGCUUUCUUCCUUUGCUACAUCAGUGGCUGAAGACCAGUCUGUGGCUUCACUCACAGCUCCCCAAACAGAAGAGACAGGCAAGAGUUCCCUACUGCUCGACACAGUCACAAGCAUCCCCUCCUCCCGUACAGAAGCCACUCAGGGCUUGGACUAUGUGCCAUCAGCUGGUACCAUCUCACCCACCUCCUCACUGGAGGAAGACAAGGGCUUCAAAUCACCACCCUGUGAGGACUUUUCUGUGACUGGGGAGGCCGAGAGGCGAGGCGAUAGCACAGGAAGAAGCUUGCCUGGAGAGAAAGUUGUCAAAGAGGAGGAGAUUAGAAAGGUACAGUUGUCUGAGAAACUCCAUAGUCAGUAUGGAACCCCAGUAUUUGGUGCCCCUGGACAUGUUCUACAUCCUGGGGAACCAGCCCUUGGAGAUGUGGAAGAACGCUGCCUCAGCCCAGAUGACAGCACCGUUAAAAUGGCCUCUCCUCCACCAUCUGGUCCACCCAGUGCCACUCACACACCCUUUCAUCAGUCCCCAGUAGAAGAAAACUCUGAGCCCCAAGACUUUAAGGAAGCAAGCUCCUGGGAAGACAGUAGGCGCACACCAGAGAUGGGCAAGGAAGAUGCUAUAAAGGAGUCAGCUGGACCCAGGCCUGAAGAGAGCACACUUGAGAAGGAGGGACAAGUGUCUCCUAGGAGCCCCCAAACUCAAGAUGCAUCUGUCAGCAUUGUUGAGGGUCACACAGCUUAUACCAUACAACUGUUGCCAGAACAGGACAAAGCAAUAGUUUUUGAGACUGUGGAGACACAAGAGCCCACAGAGCCAAUUCUGGGGGCAGAAGCCCUUUCUAGAGACAGCAAAACAGCACUCCAAGAACCUGGAGAAUUUCAGAAAGAUGAGGUGCUCCAAUUUUCUGAUCGAGCCCUCUCCCCUGAAGAUGCAGAAUCCCUCUCUGUCCUCAGUGUGGUCUCCCCAGAUAGUGUCAAUCAAGAGCCCACUCCUAGGUCUCCUUGUGGCCUGACAGAGCAGCGCCUACAGAAAGACCUUUGGCCAGAGAUGUCUCCAGAAGGCACCCAGUCACUUUCUCUCUCUGAAGAGAGCCCUAGCAAAGAGACAUCUCUGGAUAUCUCUUCUAAGCAGCUCUCUCCAGAAAGCCUUGGCACUCUCCAGUUUGGGGAAUUAAGCCUUGGAAAGGAAGAAAAGGGGCCUCUAACACUGGCUGAGGAUACCUCUCACCACCCAACCCCUGUGUUUGUUCCACAGUCCUAUCCACCCACAGUGCCACUUCCCACAGAUACCAUCACUGAAUAUUUUGCACAGGCAGAUGUCACAGAUGAGAGCCCUGAUAGGAAACAACCUGCAAGCUCCUUCUCUCAUUCUACACUGUCAAGAGAUGGAGUGACCAUCUCACCUGACAUGGCCACAAGUCCUGGUGAACACAUUCUGAAAUCUGAUAGCUCUCUCACCAAGAGUCCCAAGUCUUUGCCAAGCCCUGCCAUGGAGGACAUUGCUAUGGAAUGGGAACGUAAAGUUCCAGAGUCAAAAGACCAAAAACCUCCAGAGCAGCACAAGGUACCUGAACCAAAGGAUGAAGUCCUACAGCAACAAGACAAAACUAAGAAAGAUAUUCUCGUAGAGAAAGAUACAGCCAGAAAUCAGAAAGGUGAGGCUCUGGAAGAAAAGAGCAAUGCUGUAGAACAGCAGGACAAGACAUUAGACCAAAAAGACAGAGAUUUACCACAAAAAGACACAGUCCUAGAACAAAAAGACAAGGCUCUAGAACCAAAAGAUAUAGACUUAAAACAAAAAGACAAGACCCUGGAGCAGAAAGACAAGACUUUAGAACAAGGAGACAAGACCUUGAAACAAAAAGACAUAGACUUAGAACGAAAAGACAAGACCAAGGAACAAGAAGAUACAGACUUAGAACAAAAAGAUAAGGCCCUGGGAAAGAAGGAUAAGACCUUGGAACAAAAAGACAUAGAACAAAAAGAUAAGGCCCUAGGACAGAAGGAUAAGACUUUGGAACAAAAAGAUAUAGACUUAGAACAGAAGGACCAGAUCCUGGAAGAAAAAAGCAAAGUCUUAGAGCAAAAACUCCAAGACUCUGAACAUAAAGAUAAAGCUCUAGAAGACAAGGACCAUGCCUUAGAAGGAAAAUACUGGGCCUUAGAACAGAAGGAUAAAAUCCUAGAACAAAGCAGUGAAGCUGCUGAACAGACAGGUAAAGCUCUGGAAGAAAAGGACAAAACUCAGAGACAAGUGAGCCUAGUUCAGGAAGAUAAAACCAUUAAACCUAAGGAAACAAUACAGGAGGAAAAAUCCCCAGAAAAGGGCCAAGCUGUGCAAGAGAAAAAAGCUCUACAGAAGGGACUGGAAGAGGCCCCAGUGCAGAAAGAUAAGGCCCAAGAGCAAGAAGAGAAGUGCUGGAGGAAGGAACAGGAUGUAGUCCUGGAGUGGCAAAAAACAACUCCCGGCAGGGAGGAGCCAGGGCCAGGUGGCAAACAGAAAGAGGCCACCCAGGCGUGGGAGGAUCCAUCUCUUGAGCAGGAGGACAGGUACUGGAGGGACAGAGAGGAAGUAUCCUUGGAACAGGAAACAUAUUGGAGGGAAAUGACCUGUGAGAGGAAGGUCUGGUUCCCUCAUGAGCUGGAUGGCCAGGGGCCCCGUCCUUGGUACCCUGAGGAGCGGGAGAGCACUUUUCUUGAUGAGGGGCCUGAUGAUGAGCAAGAAGUACCCUCCAUGGAACACACUCCCCGGAGUCCCUGGCCCUCAGACUUCAAGGCUUUCCAGGAGCCCUCAUCACAGAAGGGACUGGAGGUGGAGCGCUGGCUUGCUGAGUCACCAGUUGGGCUGCCACCAGAGGAAGACGAAAAGCUGACCCACUCCCCCUUUGAAAUCAUCUCCCCUCCAGCUUCUCCACCUGAGAUGGCUGGACAUAGGGUUCCCCUGGCCCCAGGACAAGAGAGCACAGUGCCAGAGUCUAAGCCCAUGCCACCUCUGAGGAAAGAACCUACCACCCCCUCAUGGCUGGCUGACAUCCCACCAUGGGUACCCAAGGACACAUCCCUACCCCCUGCACCUCUCUCCCCAGCUCCAGCACCCCCUAGUCCUGCUCCAGAGCCACUCACUCCUGCACCCUUCUCCUGGGGCACAGCCGAAUAUGACAGUGUGGUGGCUGCAGUGCAAGAGGGGGCAGCGGAGUUGGAAGGUGGGCCAUAUUCCCCCUUGGGGAAGGACUACCGCAAAGCUGAAGGGAAAACAGAAGAAGGUGAGGCUUCUGACAGCACCCAGUGCAGCUCAAAGAUCCCAGAGGGUGACAAAAGCCAUGCUACCAAGGAGCCAGAGCCAAUUGAGCUGGAACAGAGAGAGCCCACACCCUAUCCUGAUGAGAGGAGCUUUCAGUAUGCAGACAUCUAUGAGCAGAUGAUGCUAACUGGGCUUGGCCCAGCAUGUCCCACUAGGGAGCCUCCGCUUGGAGCAGUUGGGGAUUGGCCCCCACACAUCUCAACCAAGGAGGAGGCUGCUGGCCGAAACACAUCUGCAGAGAAGGAGCUUUCGUCUCCUGUCUCACCUAAGGGGCUCCAAUCUGACACUCCAGCCUUCAGCUAUGCAGCCCUGGCAGGACCCCCUGUGCCGCCGAGGCAGGAGCCUGAACCAGGUCCGAGAGUGGAGCCCAGCCCCACGCCACCUGCAGUGCCCCCUCGUGCUCCUGUUCCUCUGAACAAAGGCCCAAGUGCCCCUCUUAAUGAUAACACCCUGAGCUGCAGUCCCGAUAGGAGGACCCUGUCCCCCAAAGAAACAGGCCAGGGUCACUGGCAUGAUAGCACUAGUGACUCAGAGCUUGAGAAGGGGGCUCGGGAACAGCCAGAGAAACAGGCCCAGACCCCAAGUCCUCCGCACCCCAUCCCUGCAGAGUCCUCCACAUUGUGGUCUGCAACUGAAGCACACAAUAGUCCUCCCUCAGACUCACCCCCAGGUCCUGCCCGGCCUAGCCUGGACUUCCCUGCCUCGGCCUUUGGCUUCUCCUCAUUACAGCCAGCUCCCCCACAGCUGCCCUCUCCAGCUGAACCCCGCUCAGCACCUUGUGGCUCCCUUGUCUUCUCUGGGGAUCGAGCUUUGGCUCUGGCUCCAGGGCCUCCCACCAGAGUCCGGCAUGAUGAGUACCUAGAAGUGACCAAGGCUCCCAGCCUGGACUCCUCAUUGCCCCAGCUGCCAUCACCCAGCUCUCCUGGAGCCCCUCUCCUCUCCAGUCUGCCACGACCCGCCUCACCAGUCCUAUCUGAAGGCUCCUCCUCGGAAGCCACAACACCUGUGAUUUCGAGUGUGGCUGAGCGCUUCCCUCCAGGUCUGCAGGCUUCAGAACAAGGGUCUGAAGAGCUAGUUCCAGGAAUGGAAACAGCUGCUCACAGCCUCUGGAACCUCACUCCUCUGAGCCCAGCCCUUCCAGCUUCACUGGACUUGGCUUCAGCUCCAGCACCAGCUCCAGCUCCAAGCCUACCUGGAGAUGAUGGCACUCUGCCCUGUCACCUUGAGUGCUCAGGAGCUGCCACCAAGAAGCCAAGCCCCUUCCAGAGUCCCUCUGGGGACUGUGCAGCCAAUGGCCCAACCGAAACCAGCUCUAACCUCCCAGGGCCUGGCCUGGCCAAGGCUGAGAAGGAAGAAGCUAAAGCCUGCCCUGCCUGGGAACGUGGGACCUGGCCUGAGGGAGCUGAGAGGGGAGCCCGGCCUGACACACUGCUUUCCCCUGAGCAGCCACUGCGUCCUGGACGGGUCCCUGAAGGCCAACCCAGCAAUGUCUCCCCUGAGACUGAGGCUGGGCCCCAGGGGUGUCCUGCGGAGCCUCGGCCCCACCGUGGGGAACUCUCCCCAUCUUUCCUGAACCCAUCCCUGCCCCAAUCCAUGGAUGAUAGUGACCUCUCGAUUGAGGAAGCUCGGUUGGUAGCAAGAGGAGGGAGACGCAGAGCUGGAGGCCCGGGGGCAACAGGAGGCCCCUGCCCUGUGACUGAUGAGACGCCUCCAACAUCAGCUAGUGAUUCAGGCUCUUCACAGUCAGAUUCUGAUGUCCCACCAGAAACUGAGGAGUGCCCAUCCAUCACAGCUGAGGCAGCUCUUGACUCAGAUGAAGAUGGGGACUUCUUGCCUGUGGACAAGGCUGGGGGAGUCAGUGGAACUCACCAUCCCCGACCUGGCCACGACCCACCUCCUUUACCCCAGCCAGAUCCCCGGCCAUCCCCUCCCCGCCCUGAUGUAUGCAUGGCUGACCCUGAGGGGCUCAGCUCAGAGUCUGGGAGAGUAGAAAGGCUACGAGAAAAAGAAAAGGCUCAAGGGAGAUUAGGGCGCAGAGCCCCAGGCAGAGCCAAGCCAGCAUCCCCUGCACGGCGUCUAGAUCUUCGAGGGAAACGCUCACCUACCCCUGGGAAGGGGCCUGCAGAUCGAGCACCCCGGACCCCACUCCGACCCCGGAGCACUCCAAGCCAGGUCACUUCAGGAGAUGAAAAGGAUGGACACAGUCCCAUGUCCAAAGGCCUAGUCAAUGGACUCAAGGGAGGACCAACAAACUUGGGUUCCAAGGGUGGCUCUGGUGCUCCUGUGUAUGUGGAUCUUGCCUAUAUCCCGAAUCACUGCAGUGGCAAGACUGCUGACCUUGACUUCUUCCGGCGAGUUCGUGCAUCCUACUAUGUGGUCAGUGGGAAUGACCCUGCCAAUGGCGAACCAAGCCGGGCUGUACUGGAUGCACUGCUGGAGGGCAAGGCCCAAUGGGGAGAGAAUCUUCAGGUGACUCUGAUCCCUACUCAUGACACAGAAGUGACUCGUGAGUGGUACCAGCAAACUCAUGAACAGCAACAGCAACUGAAUGUCCUGGUCCUGGCUAGCAGCAGCACCGUGGUCAUGCAGGAUGAGUCCUUCCCAGCCUGCAAGAUUGAGUUCUGA